AUGAGUUCACGAAUUGAACCAUUGAAAAUACCUAGAAUUGAUAUUGCAUUGACAAUUUGUGAACCAAUCAUAGUAACAAAUGACUGUCAAUUCUUUAUAAGUUCUUAUACUGAAUUAUUUAUAAUUGAGUCAAAAUUUCCAUUAUAUCAUAAAUUAUUAAAAACAAAUUCAAAUCAAAAUAAAAUUUUAAAUACUAAAGAAUUAUUUUCAGUUGUACUGUUAUUACAUCGUGGUGAUGUCGAUAAAUUACCAUUGGGUAGAUUAAAUAAAGCUGUAUUUAAAGAUGGCGAUGAAGAUGUUACUACACAUUUUAAUAUUAAUGAACCUGUUAUAAUUCAUCAUGAUGUAAGUCCUAUCUUUGAAGAUACAAAGAGUAAUAUGCUAGGUGUUUUAUAUAAUACUGGUGAAUUGUUGAUAUUUCAAAGAGAAAACUUUUCAAAGGAUAAAUAUUAUUUAAAAGUUAAUAUUUACGAACAAUUGAUGAUUCAUUAUGAUUAUCAAGUUAAUCCUGCUAAUAAUGACUUUGUUGUAACUAAAGAAGAGUUUAAAAAUUUAAAGAUUAAUUAUUUUACAUUUGGCCAUAGUGAUAGAUUAAUUUUGACCGUGGUUAAUCAUAAUAAUAAAAUUUUAUCAUUUGAGUUGAAUAGAAAAACUUAUCAAUUGGAGUUUUUAAAUGAGAUUUCUAUGGAGUCUAAAGUUCUUCGAAUUAAAUGGUUUGAUGAUAAAUUAUUGAUACAAAUGUUGGAUAAUUCAAUAUAUUUAAAAGAGAAACAAGUUUUACCAGCGUCAAGGUUUACGCAGAGUCAAUUAGUAAAAGAUGGUAAUUAUUAUCUAACAACAUGCUCAAAUAAAGUGAUAGUUUUUAAUGAAAAUGAGAAAUAUGAGUUUACAACUGGUAGUUAUAUACAAUGUUCAUCAAUAGUUACAGGAAAGAUUGACAAUAUUUUAACUAUACUUUUAUCUUAUGAAAAUGGGAGAAUAAAAACUAUUCAAUUUGAUUUAACCACAAAAGAGUUCAAAUCAUUAGAUAAUGAUGAAAAAAUUACUAAAUUUAUAACUAAAAUUAAUGUCACAUUUCAAUUGGAACAUUCAAAUGAAGAUAUAACAGGUAAAAAAGAAGCCAAAAUUGUAUUUCAAAGUAUGAAGAAAUUAUCAAAUGACUUAAUUGCAGUUAUUUAUAAAGUUACACCAAAAGACGAGAUAUAUUAUAGAUCACCAGCAUAUUUAGACAGUACCUUACAAUUUAUUCAAUUAUCAAAACCAAUCAGUAAAGAUGAUGACAAUUUCUCAACUUCAAAUGCAAGAUUAACAAAUUAUUUAUUUAACGAGUUUAAUAAUUUACCAACUAUUCCAAAUGAUUUAACAAAGAAGGAAACUGAAAGUAAUGCAACUUUUGUGGAUAAUUUUGUGCAAUUUAUUGAUGCUCAAUCAUUUGAAGUUGAUGAUAUUAAAUCGUUUGAAAUAAAGGAUACAUUUUAUGAAACAAUUGUUGAUAAUUUUUUGCAUAAUCAAAAUAUCACUAAAAUACAAUUUCAACAUGUUUUACUAAGUUUUUUUAAUGAUGCCUUGGAUAAAGUCGAAAAUUAUGAUCAGGUACCAGAACUAAGAGAUCGAUUAAAUGAGGUACAAGCUAAAAUUGAAACUACAAUUUCAUCACACCUACAGAACUUAACCCUUUCAUAUUUUAAAGAAGUUUCAGAUCCAAUAGACAAAUAUAUUUUAAUCACGAUGAAAAAUAAAUUAAGUAAAUAUGCAAUUGAAUUCCCAUAUUCAGAUUCAACUGAAAUUACAAUCAAAACUAAAUAUUUCUCAGAAACAUUUCAAGUAUCAACUUCAGAUAUGGAAGAAACUGAACUUGCAGAAUCUAUUGCGGGUCAUGGUUUUGCAAAAUGUAAAUUAACAAAUUUACCAUUAUUACGUAUGGUUAAUAAAAUGGAUGAAUUACAAAAAUUUAGAUAUAUUUCGAAACUAAAUUCAAAUACUGAAUUAUCACAAAUUUUAAAGAUAAUAAACUUUUGUUAUAUCACUGGGAAUAAAACUUUUGAAAUUAAAUAA